AGCUAUAAAACUGUUGACUCCUGACCCACGAUAUGUUGACUGUUUUCACUUGGAGAGAAUUUAUGGUGGAAUUAUGAACUCGUAUUUUACCAGCUCGUACAUAGACGCUUAUCAAGCGGUGGUACCGCCUGUGGACCACUAUGCGCAUAUUACAUCUCCUGGCAUGCUAAAUGAACCUGACCCGACUCUGAGGCAUCAUUCGUCGACACUGGGAUCACAUCACCACUCUGCCCUACAGAACUAUCAUGAUUUCGGCAGCGGUGCCGCCAGGGAUCAUACCACGGCUGCGGCGUCUUCGCUCUAUCCCAGUUACGAGCACUCGGUGAUCGCGGCCGUGACCAGCUCGGCCCAUCAGCCGGUUCAGUAUCACGGGGAAGUACACGGUUAUUCGAACGGGGACGGAGUCGGUGAAACGACGACCGUCACGGACAUUUCGAACUGCACGCCGAUUCAGUUCAAUCCUCCUCCGAACCAUCAUCUCGAUUAUAAACCUUAUGGAGCGUAUGGAACUUACACCUCGUCGACGCUGUCCUCCUCCCCUCCCCAUCUGUCCACCACCCUCUCUUCUCUCUCGCCCAAAUUAUUCCAGAGGAAUUCCUGCAGUAAAGCGGACUCCUCCAUAGCUCUCUCAGCUGCCGGCGUGAAGGCAGCCUCCAAGGAAUCUCACAGGGGCACGACGCCGCGUUUGAACGGAGGGGGAGGAGGAGGGGGUGGGACUGGCGGCAAUAGCAAUGGUGGAGGUGGUUCACGACUCAACCACGAUGUCUCAGAGCGUCUUAGUGACCAUAGUGUGAGUCCGGCUGGAAGCCCCCUGCCUGCCGCCCCGGCCUCGUUGCCCAGGAAGGAAAAACAACAGCAAGAGAAACAGCAGAAGCAGCAAGACGUGAAGGAGCAGGACACGUUUGAAGGGGACACGGAUGAAGAGAUGGAUGGGGAUGCGAAAGGGGACCAACAGGCACCGCUCUUUAACUGGAUGAAAAGUCCUGAUCGCAAAAGGGGCAGGCAGACGUACUCAAGACACCAAACAUUAGAACUGGAAAAAGAAUUCCACUUCAACCGGUAUCUAACCAGACGACGUAGAAUAGAAAUCGCGCAUGCGCUGUGUCUCACGGAAAGGCAGAUCAAAAUUUGGUUCCAAAACCGACGAAUGAAAUGGAAGAAAGAGAACAAAGGAAUCGAGCUUUCCCGCGACAGUCCGCCCCAGGGUGUUUUAUGAAAUAGUCGUUGUAAUUAUAUUUUUAUCUUGUGAUGUAUCAUCAUCAUCUUUAACUAUUUAUUGUCUGUCAUCUUUCCAUUUUGCUUUGCGUCCGUGAGUGAAUUUUGAUGUUGACGUUUCCAAGGACUGUGACGCAACAGAGGACUGGGGUGGUACUGGUGUAUAUAACGUGGUACACGUGGCAGGAAAUAUGACGUAACAUUCGCUGUUCGUUAAAAGGAGUAUAGCUGAAC